CGUUUAUACUUCGGGCGAGACGGUGUUGCCGCUCGUCCUUUCGCGUGUGUUGUGGUGUAUUGUGUUGUGGGUGCUACGCUGAGCCAAGGCUCGCGUCUCGCAGAUUCGGGCAACGCCCGGCCGCAAAGCGGCUAGCUCUACAUUUUGUUUUUUAUCUGGUAUACAGAAGAAAAGUGACCAAAGUGAUUAGUGAAGUGUUAAGUGACAGUGUUUAAUAUGUCUCUUCUAACCGUAUUUACGGUCCUCGUCGGGCUGCUCGCGCUUGGAGCAGUGCGAUGUGAGGACGAAACGAUCGGACCGAUAUUUAUGAAGGAACCUCCAAACCGAGUAGAUUUCAGUAACACGACUGGUGCCGUAGUGGAAUGUGCCGCACGCGGAUCCCCCCCUCCCGAUGUCAUUUGGGUACGAGCUGAUGGCACCGCAGUUGGUGACGUUCCUGGAUUGCGACAGGUCUUACCGAAUGGCAACCUCGUUUUCCCACCUUUCCGUGCUGAAGAUUACCGCCAGGAAGUUCAUGCCCAGGUCUACGCUUGCCUUGCUAGAAACCCAGUUGGUACAAUUCACUCUAGGGAUGUUAACGUUCGCGCCGUUGUAUCCCAGGUGUACACAGUAAAUCUCGUAGAGGAAAAUGUCUUGCGAGGAAAUGCUGCCAUAUUCAAGUGUCUUAUUCCAAGUUUUGUCACUGAAUACGUUCAAGUAUCUUCUUGGAUAAUAUCAGAGGGGGACGAUGAGGCUGAAAUACAAUUGAAUAAUGCCAGUAUUAACCGAGAGGAGGGUAAAUACCUGGUCCUACCAUCCGGAGAAUUGCAUAUUCGUGAUGUAGGACCCGAAGAUGGUUAUAAAUCAUACCAAUGUAGAACAAAGCACAGACUUACUGGAGAAACUCGUUUAUCAGCCACAAAGGGACGUUUAGUUAUCACCGAGCCAACUAAUAAAAUUGCACCUAGAAAAGAUUCCGCUCAAAACUUCGAGGGCUGGGAGGUAUUUCUAGUGGGACAAAGCGAUGUAGCGUAUUUAAAAUGUCAAGUUGCCGCGUACCCCGCCCCGUUGUUUAGGUGGUAUAAAUUCAUUGAGGGAUCAGCGAGAAAGCAACCCGUCGUGUUGAAUGACAGAGUAAAACAAGUUUCUGGAACUCUUAUUAUCAAGGAGGCUAAAGUUGAUGAUUCUGGCAAAUAUCUAUGUGUUGUGAACAAUUCUGUUGGUGGUGAAUCGGUCGAAACCGUAUUAACAGUAACUGCACCAUUAAAAACAGCAGUAGAGCCGGCAACGCAAACUGUAGACUUUGGUCGUCCAGCGGUAUUCACUUGCAGAUAUGAAGGAAAUCCCAUUAAGACUAUCACCUGGUUGAAAGAUGGCAAAGACAUGAACCACCACGACCACGUAUUAAGGAUCGAAUCAGUCAAGAAAGAAGAUAAGGGAAUGUACCAGUGCUUCAUCAGAAAUGACCAAGAAAGUGCCGGAGCUAGCGCCGAAUUGAAAUUAGGAGGACGAUUUGAACCACCACAGAUUAGACACAGCUUCUCAGAACAAACUCUACGCUCCGGUCCAUCUCUAAGAUUAAAAUGUGUCGCAUCUGGCAACCCAACACCUGACAUCGCAUGGCAACUCGAUGGAGACAAACUGAACAGCGGCGAAAGACUGCAAAUCGGGCAAUUUGUAACAGCCGAUGGAAAUGUGGAAUCCCACUUAAAUAUCUCAUCUGUGCACACCAACGAUGGAGGACUGUACUCUUGUAUCGCGUCAAGCAAGGUUGGCAGCGCAUCCCACUCAUCGCGCGUAAACGUUUACGGACUGCCUUACGUACGGCCAAUGAAGAAACGCCCAGUUGUCGCCGGAGACACGCUCAUCGCUCACUGCCCAGUUGCUGGAUAUCCUAUUGACUCUAUUGUAUGGGAACGUGAUGGACGUGUUCUACCAAUCAACCGAAAACAGAAGGUGUUCCCUAACGGCACGUUGGUUAUUGAAAACGUAGAACGAAUGAGCGACCAGGCCACUUACACAUGCGUUGCUAAGAACUCUCAAGGGUACAGCGCAAGGGGACAACUCGAAUUACAAGUCAUGGUUGCACCACAGGUUACACCAUUCGAUUUCGGUGAGGAAAUCCUUAACGCUGGCGAUACGGUGUCCCUUACGUGUACUGUAGGGAAGGGUGACUUGCCAAUAAAAAUUCACUGGCAGCUUAACGACGAAAUACUAAACUCGGGAAAUGGUAUUUUCAUCAAUAGAAAUGGGAAGAGAAUAUCGGUCCUUAGCAUUGAGAAUGUUCAGCAUGAACAUAUUGGAAACUAUACAUGUAUAGCUGAAAACGAAGCGGGUUCCAGUAGUCACAGUGCACUUCUCAACGUUAACGUGCCUCCUCGUUGGAUUUUGGAACCCACUGACAAAGCUUUUGCUCAAGGUUCAGAUGCUAAAGUUGAAUGUAAAGCCGAUGGCUUCCCUAAGCCCCAAGUCACGUGGAAGAGGGCUGAAGGUGAUACGCCAGGCGAUUACAAAGACCUCAAACCAAACAACCCAAAUGUUAAAGUUGAGGAUGGAACAUUGGCCAUAACUAAUAUUCAAAAGACAAACGAGGGUUAUUACCUGUGUGAGGCUGUUAACGGAAUCGGAUCUGGAUUGUCAGCCGUCAUUUUGAUCAGCGUUCAAGCUCCACCACAAUUCGAAAUUAAAAUGAGAAACCAGACUGCUCGACGAAGUGAACCCGCUGUACUUCAGUGCCAGGCUAAGGGUGAAAAGCCAAUUGGAAUCAUCUGGAACAUGAACAACAAACGUCUUGAGCCCAAAUCUGACCCACGAUACACGAUCCGCGAGGAAAUCCUGCCCGGUGGAGUCGUUUCCGACUUGAGUAUCAGACGUACUGAACGAUCAGACAGCGCUCUAUUCACCUGUGUUGCUACCAACGCAUUCGGCUCUGACGAUACCAGCAUCAAUAUGAUUAUUCAAGAGGUACCCGAAGCCCCCUAUGGUUUAAAGGUAUUGGACAAAUCAGGAAGAACAGUUCAAUUAUCAUGGGCCGCACCUUACGAUGGAAACUCCCCAAUCAAGAAGUUCCUCAUUGAAUACAAACGCGCAAAGGGCAACUGGGAAAAGGAUAUUGACAGAGUACUGGUCCCAGGAGACGCAACAGAAGCCGGUGUAUUCAGCCUCCGUCCCGCCACAGCCUACCACAUUCGGAUCGUUGCUGAAAAUGAACUUGGAACCUCUGAACCAUCCGAAACAGUUACCAUUAUCACGGCCGAAGAAGCUCCCACUGGAAUGCCCCAAGACGUCAAAGUCGAUGCUGCUGAUAAGCACACCCUUAGGGUUACAUGGAAACCACCCCCACCUCAGGACUGGAAUGGCGAACUUCAGGGCUACUACGUUGGUUACAAACUAGCAUCAAGCAACAAGUCAUUCGUGUUCGAAACCGUCGACAUCUCAAAGGAAUCUGGCAAGGAACAUCACCUCGAUAUCCUUAACCUCAAGACCUACACACAAUACGCGAUCGUAGUUCAAGCGUUUAACAAGAUGGGUUCAGGUCCCGUAUCGAACGAAGUCCGAGCCUACACAGCCGAAGGAGCCCCCUCUGCCCCCCCUCAAGAUGUCCUCUGCACCACGUUGACUGCUCAAACUAUUCGCGUAUCUUGGGUAUCUCCACCUCUCGCCGCCGCUAACGGACUUAUCAAGGCAUACAAGGUUAUCUACGGACCCAGCGAUACUUGGUAUGAUGAAAAAACAAAGGACACGAAGAUCACGGCCAGCAGCGAAACAAUCCUACACGGUCUCAAGAAAUUCACGAACUACUCAAUGGAAGUGUUAGCUACUACUAAUGGCGGAGAUGGCGUCCGAGCAGCACCUAUUCAUUGUCAGACCGAACAAGAUGUACCCGAAGCCCCACGUGCCGUAAAAGCCUUAGUGAUGGGGGCUGAUUCGAUCCUGGUGUCAUGGAGACCGCCGGCGCAGCCUAACGGAGUCGUCACUCACUACAACGUAUACACUCAAGCACAAAACGCUGAACCUCAUCCUAACAAGGUCCCCGCAUCACAAACUAGCUACUCCGCGACAGAACUGAAGGCCGGCCGCUACGACUUCUGGGUAACAGCUUCCACCAUCAUCGGAGAAGGCCAACCCUCAGCCACCGCAUCUUGCAGCGCCAGCGAUAAAGUACCUGCCAAAAUUGCGUCAUUCGACGAAUCAUUCACUGCUACUUACAAGGAAGAUGUUAAACUGCCCUGUCUCGCUGUCGGCGUGCCACCUCCUAACAUUCUUUGGAAGGUCAAAGGUCACCCAUUAGAGCCAUCAGAACGCGUUCGUCAGCUUCCCGAAGGAUCUCUGCAAAUCGCUGGUGUAGCAAGGGAAGAUGCCGGAGAAUACUCUUGCCAUGUUGAGAAUCAAUUCGGAACUGAUACUGUUACUCACACGUUAUCUGUACUCGCUCCUCCUUUCCCUCCUCAAUUGAGCAUCGCAUCUUCUUCGGUAUCGUCUCUGACUCUGCGCCUGAAGCCUCCGGUAGACGCUGACCAAUCACCUGCAGCUGGCUACACCAUCCACUACAAGCAAGAGUUCGGCGACUGGGAAACUGUACAGAUUCCUAGCAACACUGACACCUACACUUUGGAAAACCUAUUCUGCGGAUCCAGAUAUCAACUUUACGUUACUGCUUACAACGGUAUUGGAACUGGCGAAGCGUCCGACGUAGUCAUCGCCCGUACUCGUGGAUCCAAACCCCCCGUGCCACGUGCCGCUGACUUCAUCGAAGUGGGAAGUUCCUCUGUCACACUUCACCUCAAGCAAUGGCUGGAUGGAGGCUGCCCCAUGAGCCAUUUCGUCGUUGAAAAUAAGAAAAAAGGAGCUGCUGAGUGGAACCAGAUCUCGAAUGCUGUAAAACCUGGUGGUAACUUUGUAGUACUGGAUCUGGAACCCGCAACUUGGUACGUUUUAAGGAUCACCGCACACAACAACGCUGGAUUCAACGUCGCUGAGUAUGAAUUCGCUACCCUCACUAUGACUGGUGGUACGAUCGCGCCGGUCCGCGAAGCCGGUGACACGUCACUCACGCCCGAACAGACGCUCAAGAUUAUCCUCUCGCAUCUGAACCUUAUCGUGCCCGUAGUCGCCGCGAUUUUAGUCAUUAUCAUUGCUAUCGUCGUCGUGUGCGUUGUUAAAGGCGCGAGGGAUCAUCACCACAAAGAUGAUGCUGUGUACAACGCAUCUCAAGCGGCAUUAGGCGGCGGCGGCGGAACCUUGGACAAGCGAGGUGGACUUCGUGAUGAAUUAGGUUACAUCGCACCCCCCAACAGAAAACUUCCCCCCGUACCAGGAUCUAACUACAACACAUGCGACCGUGUUAAGCGACAGGCUGUCAUUAUGGGUGCUCAUUCGACGUGGGAUCCGCGAAGACAUCACUAUGAGCGCAUUCGUCGCACGCGUCUGCGCAGGACUGGAUCGGGUGAUACAAUUUCAACAGGCAUGGAAGACGAAAUCUGCCCCUACGCAACGUUCCACUUAUUAGGCUUCCGUGAGGAAAUGGACCCCAGCAAGGCUAUUGCGUUCCCACACCACCACCCGUCUCACGCUGGCACUUUGGCCCACCCACACCCACACCCACACCAUCCAGCACACUCACGCGCAGGAUCUCAGAGCAUGCCCCGUGCUAACAGUCGCUACGCCCGCAAGAACUCUCAAGGAGGACAAAGCGCUAUCUACUCGACCGCUCCCGAAUACGAUGACCCUGCCACUUGCGCUGAAGAGGACCAAUACCGUGCCCGCUACUCACGUCCGAUGUACGCAUGCGGCCCCGAGUACGACGAGCCCGCUUGUUGCCAACCCGAAGACGAACAGUACACUGGCGCUUACGGCACUCCCUACUCUGACCACUAUGGAUCCCGACCCAGCAUUGGUACCCGCAAAUGCGGCGGAUCUCCCGAGCCUCCCCCACCCCCACCCCGCAACGCGAACAACGACAACAACUGCUCUUCCUCCUUCAACGAAAGCAAGGACUCCAACGAAAUCUCUGAAGCCGAAUGCGACCAGCCACGGAACUACCCUGAAGACGUCAGGGCCCACACUGCCAAGGACGGCUUGCACACCGAGGAAAUGAGAAAACUCAUUGACAGACCAGAAGCAAACACCCCAAUCCCCCAGCAAGCAGUCCACGGGAGGGGACUCACAGCCUACGAUACUGUGGCAGUGUAACCUAUAAAUUGCUUAAAGGAUUCUCAUACGCCCAAUAUUUUUUCUACAGAUGUUCACGACCGCGCUGUACGCUGUUGCCUAUGAGUUUAACCAAUAGUUUGCAUUUUAGCGAGUUGCUUUGCUUGCGCAUUCCGCCUGCGAGCAGCGGGGUCGUUAUGUCUUUUCUUACUUGGUGUGUGAUUUUUGUAUCCCAAAAUGCCAGAUUUAACGCACUGUGGUGCCAUCUUUCGUUAGUGUCUUACAGAGUUGGGAACGACCGUUCUCCCGUAGUUAACCCUCGAAACGUCAUUGCGUAGCGUUGCCAUGUUUAUCGGAAAAUUAUGGUUGUGUUAGAUAUUUCAAAUUGAUAAAUUCCUUUAGAAUCGUGACGUGUAUUCAACUGGCGAGGUGUUCCCGACCUUGUACUGUGACGGCAAUCGAAACGUUUUUUGAUCUUAUUUGUUUAGCUUAAUUUAAACGAGGCUGCUCUCGGGGUGUUUUAAUUAAGCUCAACACGUAAUAACGAUGUGAUAUUUUGUAUUUACCCAUUUUUAUGUGAACUAACAUUAACGUUAUUUAUAUGUAAGUUAUCAGACAACGCGGCCACGGUCGAUAAUUAUGCUUCCUUUUUAAUGUUUAAGUUUUCAUAGUGCUUUUUACCAUUUGCGUUAUUAUUGUUUUACGUACACAAACACUACUAGUAAGGAUAGGUUUAAGCAUUUUAUUCGUAAUUAUUAAUCAACUCUUAAUAAUACUGUAUAAUCGGUAGUUAGUCCGUAAGCAUUUAAUAUUCGGGUUAUUAUAACUUUGCCCGUAUGGGUUUAGCAUUUUCUUUCCCUAAUCACAAAAUUAUGUAAAAUAUGUAUAACCCUAAUCGAUUAUACACAAUAAGGUGCAUUUUUUAAUCAUAUUAAUCGUUCUAUAAAAUGAAGUAGGUUUAAGGCACUCAAGUGCCGUUUUCUAGAUGUCUCCCUUCGUGUUGUGUCGUGUAAGCUUGGCAAUUAGGCUCCUAGAUAGGUUUUCGCGACUUCCUAGCAAACGAUUUCUUCUAUAAUCCUUCCAAGUAGACUUUGGAUAAAUUAAAAUUUAAGGAAUACUAUUCGAAAUUUAGAUUGUUCGGAAUCAGGUUUGAAGUUAAGCUAAGUGACUGAGUUUUUACUAAUUUUGGUUAGCUUAUACGAAUUUCAUUUGCGGCUUUACGAUUUUGGAUUUUUGCAAAAGUCAUUCGCUAUUUGCAACUAACCGUUUGUACCAAAGUGUUUUGUGUUGAAAUAAAGUACUCAAUGUCAACUAAA